CUAAUUCUCGUCUCAGUUUCUAUAAUAUCAAUGGCGAGAAUUAAUGUUUAUCUCUUUGCGUUUAUCUUGCUUUUGACUAUCAUCAUCAAUAUUGGUUCCAUUGAAGGUCGAACACUCACCAAGACCAAGUCCACCAUUAUAAAUACGGCUGGGGAACUCGGAGAUGUGCUAUCACCACCGGCUGAGUCGUCACUUGAGUCACCACCGGCUGAGUCACCACCGAGCCACGGGGUUGAUAACUUCAGACCAACGGUACCUGGACAUAGCCCUGGUAUUGGACAUUCCGUACACAACUAACGGAGAAGGAACAUGGUUUAUUAUGUGACUACACAUAUUUUCAAGUAUUUUGCCACCUUAUCGAAUAUAGGAUAUGGCUGUGUUAUCUUUUUUUUUUUUUUUACUGAA